AUGUCUCCCAAAACUGUACUGAUAACAGGUUGUUCAUCUGGCAUUGGGCUGGCUUUGGCUGCUAAACUAGCAAAAGAUAAGCAGAGGAGGUUCAAAGUGAUUGCCACAAUGAGGAACGUCACCAAGAAAGAAAAGCUGGAAGCAGCCGCAGGGCCAGCACUCAACCAAACUCUAGAGAUCAAACAGCUGGAUGUCUGCGAUGAGAAAUCCAUCCACAACUGUAUUAACAGCAUUCCUCAGAGACAUAUUGAUAUCCUCAUCAACAAUGCUGGGCUGGGCUUUAUUGGUCCUAUUGAGUGUCAAUCAAUUGACGAGAUGAAGGCUAUAAUGGAAACCAACUUCUUUGGUGUAGUAAGGAUGAUUAAAGAGGUCUUGCCAGACAUGAAGAAAAGGAGGAGUGGACACAUUGUGGUCAUCAGUAGUGUCCUGGGUUUGCAAGGCAUCAUUUUCAAUGACAUCUAUGCUGCAUCCAAAUUUGCCAUUGAAGGUUUCUGUGAAAGCCUUAUUAUCCAAGCACUCAGAUUUAAUAUCUUUGUCAGCUUGAUAGAACCUGGUCCAGUGGUAACUGAGUUUGAGAUGAAAAUCUAUGAAGAUGCAGAAAAAGCUGACUAUUCCCAGACAGAUCAUGAGACUGCUGAGAUAUUUUCUCAGAUUUACAUGAAAAAUUCCAGAGCCAUCUUCUCCAGCCUGAGUCAAACACCUGAAGAUGUAGCUGAGCAUGUCCUAAAGGUCAUUAGUACAGCCAGACCACCCUUCCGUCACCAGACUAAUGCCAUGUAUACCCCUAUGAUGGCUCUCAAGCAAGCUGAUCCCACUGGGGCCCUGAUGACCAAUUCGUUCUAUAAACUGAUCUUCAGAUAUGACAAGCUUUUGCGCAUUAGCCUAAGGGCCAUCCAGCUUCUCCGCUGGCAAGCCCGCAAAGUGAAACAAGGUGUCCGAUUGCUGGGCUUCAGAUAA